GCGAGCUGAGAGGGGACGCGGCGGCGGCGGCGGCGGUGCGGCGGCGGUGGCGGAGCGCUAGGAUAUUAGAAAUGGCUACUCCCCAGUCAGUUUUCAUCUUUGCAAUCUGCAUUUUAAUGAUAACGGAAUUAAUUUUGGCAUCAAAAAGUUACUAUGAUAUCUUAGGUGUGCCAAAAUCAGCAUCAGAGCGCCAAAUCAAGAAAGCUUUUCACAAGUUGGCCAUGAAGUACCAUCCUGACAAAAAUAAGAGUCCUGAUGCUGAAGCAAAAUUCAGAGAGAUUGCAGAAGCAUACGAAACACUCUCAGAUGCUAAUAGGCGAAAAGAAUAUGAUACAGUUGGACACAGUGCUUUUACUAACGUUAAAGGACAAAGAGGUAGCGGAAGUCCUUUUGAGCAAUCAUUUAACUUCAAUUUUGAUGACUUAUUUAAAGACUUUGGGUUUUUUGGUCAAAACCAAAACACUCGAUCCAAGAAGCAUUUUGAGAAUCACUUCCAGACACGCCAGGAUGGUUCCAGUAGACAAAGACAUCAUUUCCAGGAGUUUUCUUUUGGAGGUGGACUGUUUGAUGACAUGUUUGAAGAUAUGGAGAAAAUGUUUUCUUUUAGUGGUUUUGAUACCACCAAUCGGCACACAGUACAGACUGAAAAUAGAUUCCAUGGAUCUAGCAAGCACUGCAGGACUGUCACUCAACGGAGAGGAAAUAUGGUUACUACAUAUACUGACUGUUCAGGACAGUAGUUCACGAUUUUUCUGUUCUUUCUAAACCCAACUAGUCGAAUUUUCUUCAAUAUCUUUGAUGCAAAACAAUUUUCUGUGAACUAUUUUGACAAGUGCAUGAUUUCACUUAACUUGAUAAGGUAUUAAAUGCAUUUAAAUGGUUUUUGACAAAUUCAGCAACACUCAGUAGAGAAAUCGCUAAUUACUAAUUUCCCUGAUUAGGAAAGAUUCUUUAAAAAAAAAAAGGUUGUAAUUCUGCCUGGUUUUUUUCUCUACCUGCCCUUGGGCUUACUUAUGUGGCCAGUUUUAUUACCAAGAAAAGAUUGAGUUCGCCUGAUAUAUUUAAAGGUUAGCCUUUGAAACUUAUUGUAGAUUUAAAUUGUGUGAACUUGAAUGGUUUUUGCAGUGAAACCUUUGCUAAUUUAAAAUUGCAUGCUCCGCAGCAUCUCUGACUUGGGUUGCUAAGUGUACGUGAAAUUGUAAUUGAGUCAUUCAGCAAAGGAUAGCAGUAUCUUUCCACUGAAAGCUUCAGAAAGGCAUGAUUUAAUAUUCACCACAGAACCAUACCUUCCUGCAGUAAAAAUUGGAGUAAAGGAAAUGAUUGUAUUGCUCAUAGCCCUUUAGGCCAAAAGAACAUUGAAAACUUUUGAAAUAUUACCAAGAGAUUGUUACGUGUUUGGUCCCUGGCUAAUGAUUUUGUAGUGUUGAAGUCCUAGCUAAUUUACACAUCUUUUCACAUUUCUUUCUUAGUUGUUGGCGCUCUAGGUCUUACAUGGAUUUAUGUAUUUUUGUGUGUGUGUGGUUCCUCCUAUUUGCACUCAUCCGUAUCUAUAGAUUGACUAAUACCUCAUUCUAUAUGUAAAAACAGCCAGUAAUUUCUGUGCAACCUUAUUAUGUGCAAUAUUUUUAAAUCCUAAGAAAUGUGUGCUUUUGUUUUCAUAUAGACUUAUUUCUUUAGUCCUGCACUUUUUGCAUCAUACUCCAUAUGAGUAUUAAUCCUAUGGAUACAUAUUAAAACUAGUAAAUGUCUCAUACAACAUUGUGAGUGAGAGAAAUAUAAUAUUUACAAUA